GUUCCAGGCUGCGUCUGUGGGGCGGCAGGAACGGCUGCGAGGGCCGCGUGGAGCUGUACGACGGCAGCACGUGGGGCACGGUGUGUGAUGACCAGUGGGACCUGCGGGAUGCCCAGGUGGUGUGUCGGCAGCUGGGCUGUGGGGAGGCCCUGGGUGCCCCACGCACUGCCCACUUUGGCCCGGGCUCCGGCCGCAUCUUCCUGGACGACGUGCAGUGCCGUGGGGACGAGCCCUCCCUGCAGAUGUGCAGGCACAACGGCUGGGGAGUGCACAACUGUGGGCACGUGGAGGAUGCCAGUGUCAUCUGUGCAGAGACGUCCACCCCACUGGACAUGAGCACCCCAGAGCCAUCCACAGCCAGAC